AACAGAACAAGUCAACUAACCAAGAGAUUGCAGUGAUUAUUUAGCCAAAGAUGGAUGGGAUAAAGCAAAAUGACAGGUUCCUCAAUUAGUUCUGGACAGCAAGAAGCAGGUUUUGACUGAUGCAAACCAAGCCCAGCCAAGCUAAAAGUGAUCAUGGAUCUCCAUAACACAACGUACAUAUCCAUUCAAGCCAACUGCACGGUGGACACCAGCUACCGCUUCACCUACUACAAGAUCUCCUACAGCGUGAUCUUCAUAUUCGGUGUAGUCAGCAAUGCCACAGCACUGCGAGGUUUUUGCCAAAUGCCUCGGACGUUCACCAGCACAGCCAUCUACAUGGCCAACCUGGCAGCUGCGGAUAUCUUCUUUGUGAUCUCCCUCCCCCUGCGCAUCUAUUACUACCAUAACAAAGACGCCACCAACUCUAACAUCACCAACGACUGGUUUCCAGGAGGUGCUUUCUGUCAGCUGACCUUCACGUUGAAGUACAUCAGCCUAUAUGGAGGUAUCUUCUUCCUGGUUUGUAUUGGAGCAGACCGCUACUUUGCCGUGGUUCAUCCUCUACAUCAGCAUCUGCGAAAGGUUCGCACCGCCCGCAUGCUCAGCAUUGGGAUCUGGUGCUUGGUUCUGGCGCUCAGCUUAACUCUCCCCUUGCUAUAUUCGGCGGCAUCUCGAUGGCACAAGUCAUGCCUCUUGGAUCCGUCUUCCAAACGCCAUCGUAGUAUAAUCCUAGCUGCCCUAGGCUUGGUGCAAGUAGCUUACCUGUUGCCCGCGUUGCUCCUCCUUUUUAGCUACUGCAGCAUACUCCGUGUGCUCCGAAGGCUGCCGCACCGCAGGAAGAUCCGGCACCGACGCACACUCACUGUCAUCUACUGGGUCCUGGUGGUCUUUUUUCUCUGCUUUACCCCAUAUCACCUCAAUUUGCUAGGUUACACUCUUACACAGGUGGGCCUUGUGCAAAGCUGCGGCCUGGCUCAAGUCACAAAAGUUCUUCAUCCCGUAGUGCUCUCGCUGGCCAGCACUAAUUGUUGCCUGAACCCCCUUAUCUACUACUUUUCCAGUAGUUUGGUUCACAAAGAGCAGACAGGCAGCAGAGGAAGUGCUAGUUAAGUAGUGCUAGUGUUUGCUCAGAUUUUAACUAGAAAUUAAUGUAAUAGAGCAUGAACAGCUUUAAACAUCAUUUAAAGGAGAUCCGUUGUACCACUUUUUACAAAGUGCAUUAAGUCUCAGGUGUCCUCAGAAUGUACCUACAAAGUUUCAGCUUAAAAUAAUUUAUUGUAUCACACUAAAAUGCCGAUUUGAAGUGUAAGCAGAAACAUGCUGUUUUCGGUGCAUGUCUCUUUAAAUGCAAAUGAGCUUCUGUUCCCCACCCUCUUUCUCCAGAAUAGGAUUAUGCCUUUAUAACUUGUACCUCAGAUAUUGCACUAAAAACCAUCUGUUUUCUGCUGAAAUUAUGCGGUUAAAACAAUAUAAGUUUAAACUUACGAUAUACAAUUUUCUAAUGGCAUACAUCUGAAUUACGGAAUUAGGGCUGCACGAUUAAUUUGAAAUGAAACUGAAAAUGCGAUAAAUUGCAAUUAGACAAAAGAUGCAAUUGUUGUGCAUCCUUUAGUGCAGCAGGGUUCUGUGGUUAGCAAUAAAUCUCCUUCCAAAGGCUAGAGGGCUCUCUCAAGGAAAGUCCAAAUUUGUCCCAAAGAAGAAAACCAGGAAAUGCCUAUUAGAGUUUCUGGAUAAACAGUAAUUUUCAAUUAUUAUUAUUAUUAUUAUUAUUAUUAUAGACAAUUAUUAAUUAUACUUUACAAUGAUGAAAAUUAUAUCUAAAAUGAAAUGUUAAUCGACAUAGCCUUUAUCACUGCUUAGAAUACUAUGAAAUAUUGAGUGAAAUAUUUCAAACACUCCACUGAUGUUAUGAAGUGAGUUAAAGUGAGUAAAAACAUGUUAUUAAAUGUGGAAUUUUCACUUCAGAAUGAGCAGCAUUUAAUACACAGAGCCUUUGUCCAGUGAGAAGAUACACAAAUAGCUGUCAUUACUGGAAACGUAAUGUACUGUGCUCAUCAGCAUGCCCUGCUCAAACUUUUUCCAUGGCUUUAGAACUGGUACACCGUUAACACAUGUGAAAACCGAUGCCAUGGGUGGAAACUUGCAGAGUAAUAUAUAAGAUUAUAAUAAGAUUCCCUAUCUAUGUAAAAAGGAAGAUCUGAAUUUGAGCGUCUUGUUUUUCCACCAACAGAAAGGCUUACCAAAAAAGGGUUGUUUUUCAUAUAUGUCACAUUUUAAAGGGUCACUCUGCCAUGUUGUAGUGUAACUAAACUAAACCGAAGGCUUGUUAAACAGAUGCUUUACUGACUGAAUGAAGGGAACAAUCCAAGUAAACAUC